GCUGUGUUGCUACUAGAAAUACACAGAUGAUGACAGACUGAGGAAACACACACACACACACACACACACACUGCCUGAGACAGACAAACACACACAUCUUGGACUGAUCAAAAGUUGGGAGGCAGGCAUAUCUGACCGACGAAAGGACAAAAGAAAGAAAAAAGCCGAGAGAGACAGAGGUGUGAAUGAUGGCGUCAUUCGUCCCAGAGCAAGGCUUGUCCCCUCCUCUGUCUGGACACUCUUUCCCCCAGCAGGAUCUGCCGUCUCUGGGUCUGGAUCCCUCAGACUUCAGCCUCUACAGUCCUCCGGCUCUUCCUGAACAGGCCCCGGCUGCCUCAGCAUACCACCCCGCCGCUGCCGAGCCUUACCUCUGCCUCGACAGCCCUGACAAGAGCACCACGGCGGCGGAGGGACUUCCAGCGUUCGGAGGCUUUGUUCCCCAGGUCUUCAACCUGCAGAGGCCCGUCCUCCCCGGCCCCGGCGGCCCCAGCGCGGCCCUUGCCCUCCUCCAAGGCUCCUGGUUCUCCUUGCCCUCCCAGGAUGAUCUGAUGCGCCUUGUCCGGCCACCCUACUCUUACUCCGCCCUCAUCGCUAUGGCCAUCCAGGGCGCCCCGGAGCAGCGGCUGACCCUGAGUCAGAUCUACCAGUACGUGGCCAACAACUUCCCCUUCUACAGCCGCAGCAAGGCUGGCUGGCAGAACUCCAUCCGGCACAACCUGUCGCUCAACGACUGCUUCCGGAAGGUUCCCCGGGACGAGAGCGACCCAGGAAAAGGGAACUACUGGACGCUGGACCCCAACUGUGAGAAAAUGUUUGACAACGGAAACUUCCGCCGCAAAAGGAAGAGGAAAUCGGACAGCCUGGUCGUCGACAACAAAAGAAAAGCUUCCUCCUCCUCAUCCUCCUCCUCCUGCUCUUCUUCCCCAAGCUCUGAGGGCCCCCAAAACCCCGAGAUGCUUGAUGGCAGCGCCGACUUCCCCCCUCUCUCAGACUCCGCCCCCUGCCUCAGCGGUUUCUUGCCCCAGAUGGUCUCUGUGGCAGCCAAGGACACAGGAGCGGAGUAUCUCUCCAGCACAUUCCCCUCCUUGCUGGACACCCUCCCCCCUCCCCUCUGCUCUCUCCCCAACUCCCAGGCCUCUUCUACCCCCGUUCACGCAAACAUCCCGGCUUACUCGCCCCCCCUCCACCUGGCCAUGCAAGUGCCCGACCGAGCAUCCCCCCCUCAGGCGUACAGCUCCUCCUACUCCCCCAGUGCUGUGGUACCGCAGUGGGAGACCCUCCAGACGUCCUCCUCGCCUCCCGUCUACGCCUCCUUGCAGCCUUUGUCUAGUCCUUUCCCCUCCCUCCAGCUCUCCUCUCCUCCUUUCUCCUCUUACCCCUCUUUCUCGUCCCCUCAGUCUUCCUCUCCUCCUCUUUAUUCCUCCCUCCCCAACUCUCAGGCCAGCUCUCCCUUGCUUUAUGCAGACCUCCAAACUGCCAAGCCCUCCUCCCCUCCCCUCUACCCAGCCAUGCAGGCCCCUCAGCUCCAGCUCCCGGGCCAGCCUGAGCCUCUGUCCCCUCUGUGCAUCAGUGACUCGGCCCCCCUGGAGUCCCUGGUUCUCCAGCAGUGA